UGCCAUUUUGCCAGAGACGCCCCGUGCGCGCGUGCUUUUGGAUUUCUCGAUUCAACAGAUAUAUAGCCCGAUGAUAAUAAGCUGGUUUUUUGUUUAGCGUGCUUUUGUUUGGUUUAGGCUGCGAAAAAGACAUUGACAAUCGUUGCGACGAGUAGAGUACUAGCGCGAGCAUAUAGUUUUUGAUUCGGUUGCUCUAGUUUUAUUCCGCGAGCUUUCAAUACAUAACUGAUAACACAGCUCUGUAUACUACUUACACUAAUAGCCAUCGAAGAUCACUUCCGUAAAACUACACCUAAUACAAGUAUAUACAGUACUACGCUCAGUAGUGCCAAAGGGCCGAAUUGGUGGCGCUGCCGUCGUGUCAAGCGUGUCGAUUCAGGAUCAGCAAUUUUCAUUUGUUGCAUUCCGCUUCGAUCGCUCGGCAGAGCUGGAUCCUCGACAAAAGCGGAGACUGGAAAGCGAGUACGGGAUAGUUUUCCGGGAAACGCACAAGGGAUAAACGAGGCCGCAAGGUGAUAGCAGACAGACACGUGUGGAUCUUUUCUCGCAGACUUGAGAUUACAACUUGUAUAAGAAGAUCUAGCUUUUUACCUAGAACUAAAAUCGGACGGAGUUGCGUUCAAGUGAUUGCGAUCGAACUUCACUUUGCAAGUUGAUCGUUAAAUCGUUGAAUAAAUAAAAAUAUGUAGAAAACGUACUUUGGAGAAGAAAACUAAACCAAACCCUUAUAACAAUCAAUAAUGUAUCUCUUUGAUAUUUUUGGUUAGAAGCGAUCACAGCAGACAAAGGAGUUGACCUUCUUUAUUCACUUAUUAAUUUCAUAAGAUCUUAUUCAUCAUGUUCAUAAAUAAUACUGAAGAUUCUCUGGAUCACAAUGUUUCGAAGCCAUCUCUGCCAAAAAAGUUGAUCAUAGAGAAAUACAAGAGACUGGCUGAAAAAGCUCAAAAGAAGCAAGAUUGUGUUGAUGUAUCAAAUGAAAUAGAGAGUAUCGAGGAUUGUGUUAAAGAGCAAAAUGAAAAAUCUGACGAUAGCAGAGAUAUAACUAUUGAAAAAUCACCGUUGAAAGAGAUUAAAAGAAUUAAAGUCAGUGUACCAGUUAGUUUAUCAGAAUCUGAAAGAAGAAUACAACUAACAAAAAAGAUGAUCAUGCAAGAAAAAUUGUUUAAAAGAUCAUGUAGUUCUAGUGGAGAUGAAAAAUUUAAAAUGUCACCGGUAAUAGAGCCAGAGGUCAAGAAAUCUUUUAAAAAUUAUCCAAGACAACAAAAUAAUAGAUCAAGAAUGCAGAACAGUAAAUGGAAUCAACAAUCAACAAAUCAAAAGGGAAACAAAUCAAAUAGCUUUGCAAAGCCAAUUAGAUCCUCAGAAAAUAGUUUUAAAUUGGAAGGCAGCAAAGUUUUACAAAAUUAUUCAACACAACAAGAUACGAACGAUAAAAAAUCAAACAAGUUAGUUGUCUCUAGCAGCUCUUUAGAUAAUAAUUUAAAUCCUUCAAGCUCUACUAGCUCUACAGCGAGUAAUGUAGCAUUGUCUCCAAGUAAAUUGACUUCUUCAGAAAGUAUUAACGAUAUUGAAUGUAAAUCAGUUCUUCAUCUCAAGAAACCUUUGGUGAAUAAAAAAAAUGAAGCCAUUUAUCAUGAAAACCAUGGAAAAAUGGAACCUAUGUCUUGGUUGGUGAUCAAUUCUAAAAAAAAUGCUCUCAACUUUCAAAAAGGAAGACUGCCAAAAGAAAGUAUAGAAAAAGUUGCUGCAAGAAAAGAUGAAGGUAAUAAGGAGUUCCUUAACUUUGUUGAUAGUAGCACUAGUAGCAAUACAGUAUUUCGUGUGCAUAGCAAUGUAACAGAAAUUAGAAAAAUAGCUUUUCCACUAGCAAAGAUAAAAACAAGCAUUGAUCAGAAGAUUGAUGCAAAUUUACGAGUUACUGCACAAAUUAAAGAGAAAUUCACAUUGUCUCGAGUAAAAUCUACAGCCAAUCAAUUAAUUGAUUUAAUCGAGUGUAAAAUGGAACAAUCAUUGUUAAUGAGUCAACUGAUCAAUGAAAAGACAGUUGACAAUAAAGAAAAUAGCAGUGCUUCAAUUUCAAGUCAAUUACAAGAAAAAACUGUAGAAAAAUCCAAAGAUUUGCAUUUCAAGAAGGAACCUAAAGAUAUUUCAAGGGCACCUCUAGAAGAAAAUUUAGUUAACACAGCAAAAAAGCAGACUGAUAUUGAGGAUGAUGAUGAUAGGUUCAAUUUUGAAAAACCUACACGUAAUGUAACUCCAUCAAUUAAAGAAGAUGGAAGCAGUAAGAUGAGUAACAGUGCCAAAAAAUUAAGUAUAGAGACACAAGCAUAUUUAACGAAGCUAAAACAAUUUCACAAAACGCAAUUGGACUCUUCUUUAGAUUCAGAUGACCUUUCAUUAGUUUGUACCAGUGAAAUAGAUGAUCUUUCAGCUUUAAGGGGAUCAACGUAUUCUAAAUUUGAAGCUGUCACAAAGAAAAUAAAAAAUUCAUCUACGGAAGAUUCUUAUAAAUACAGCCAAAGUGCUGUUGCCGAACAAAAAGAAAAUGAAAAAUUGCAAUUAAAAGCAUCUCAAAAUUUUGAAGACUUUGAUAAAGAAGACAAUAAAAAAAGAAUCAAAGUUGAAGAAAAAAAUCUGGAUACCAUUCCAAAUGAAAUUAAAAACCAAUUAAUGAAAAAAGGAGACAGCAAACCAAACUUAGAAUUUGACUUGGAUUCAGGCUUGGGUCUUAAAACCAGUAACAGUACAAAAUCAGAUUCUUUUAUUAUAUCUAGAGACAAAUCUGAAUCUGACUCAGGAGCAAGUUGUACUAUUUUCCACAAACAUAGCGAUGUUUCAUCAAGUGUUGUUAUUCAAGAAAUUGAUUCUACUUCUGAAGCUAAGAGUGUGAAAAGUGAAAUGCAGUCUGAAAAUCUGUACGAAGAUAUAGAUUCCAACGAAGAGUUUGAUAUCGUUAAUGUGGAAGAAUUUGGACCCUGUGCUGCUCUUCUCGAUAAAUUGAAAGCAGUAGCAGCUGCUCAAAAAGCAGUGGCUACUGGCAUUAUCAACGAGGAAGAUGCAAAAGCUAUCAUGGGAUUUGAAGAAAAUUAUGAGAUAGCUGCUGACGAGAUCGAAAAAGGAGGUGUGAAAGCCAUCAUGGGGCUGGAAGAAAAUAAUGACGAGACAAACACGCAAUCUACAAGUAUGAAAACAGGCGAAGACGAGCCAGCCAUUACGAAAGACAAUAUUUCCGAGAAAGUGGAAACUGAUAAAAGUCGAGACUCUGGGUAUCCUCUUAGCGACUGUGAUAACAAGCCGAAAAUUUGCAAUCCGACGACCACAAAAGAUGGAGUGUCCAAACGAGUGCAAAAAAUGAAGAAUGCAUUGCAGAAGUAUCAGAAAAAAUACAAAACCGAAGACAGUGGAGAAGGAAUUCUGGCAGAGAAGGUCCAGCAAGAGCAGCAGAGACCCAUUGACGCACAGAAAAAUCAGAGCUUGAGAACGGGAUUAAUUUUGCCGCGUCGUCAGAUCCUCAACGAGAUACUGAAACAAAAGUUGCAUCUGCAGUGCAAGCCCAUCUUAAUUCAAGACUUGAAGCAACGAUAAGACUAUAAUAUACUCUGUAUUUUCUUUUUAGAUAUAUAUUUAGCUUUACGGAAAAGAUGUACAGAAAUUUAAUUUUUGCAUGACAAGUAUUGUUUUACUUGAAUAACGACUGGUUAUAUCAAUUAUGCAAUAAAAGCUGUGAGGCACAAAGAUUUUUAUAAACCAAAGAUGCCACUUCUAGUAGGAAAAGCUCUUUUAUAGAUUAUUGUUAAAAAAUAAUUGAAUAAAUAAAUAAAUAAUAAGUACAGGCUUAAAUAGGUAUCUCAUUCUGAGGCAGUAAGCCAAGCAAAAGUGCCAAUGACAAUUUUGCAGAGAAGUAUAUUAAAGGUAAAACGGUAAAUAAAUGUAUAAGUGACUUUAUAAGUGACAAGAUAAAAACGAAUUUACUCAUA